GGGGGGGUCCGCCAUGGCGCAGGCGCGUGCGCUGCCGCAGAGCAAGGAGACGCUGCUGCAGUCGUACAACAAACGGCUCCGCGAUGACGUUAAGUCCAUCAUGGACAACUUCACCGAGAUCGUCAAGACCGCCAAGAUUGAAGAUGAAACUCAAGUCUCCCGAGCAACGCAGGGUGAACAGGAUAACUACGAGAUGCACGUCAGAGCGGCCAACAUCGUCCGAGCUGGUGAGUCCCUGAUGAAACUUGUGUCUGACCUGAAGCAGUUUUUGAUCCUCAAUGAUUUUCCCUCUGUGAAUGAAGCUAUCAACCAGCGCAACCAGCAGCUGAGAAGCUUGCAGGAGGAAUGUGACAAGAAAUUGAUUGCACUGCGGGAUGAAAUCUCCAUUGACCUGUAUGAACUAGAAGAAGAAUAUUACUCUUCCAGGUACAAAUAGAGCAGUGGACUUCUGCCUCAUGACUCCAUGGGGUGGUUAGUCCAGACAAACAAGUAGUCCUUAAAGUGCAGGUCUUGAGAAUGUUCCCAGCAAAACUUUACUCCUGUUUUUAAUUAGGUCAAACUCUUUUUCUGUAGCUAAACUGCCUUUUCCUUGUGGAUACCCUACAUGGUAUGAAUGCCAUAGGGAAGGAGGUGUUCACAGUAUCUAACUCUAGGUCCCUGCUUUGUUUGGCUAGAUUUGACAGAUGAUCUGCUUAGGCUUCCUUUGUAAUUAUUGUAAAAGGAGAUGAGUUUCCUUGGGAGUAUAGACUUCUGUCUGAGUAUCCCUGUGAAGGAGCCUCUGUCUCUAAAGAGGCUGGGUUGCUGAGCUGGGUCCUAAUGUUAGAUGAGAUCACCACGUCCUCAUGGUGAGUGCUUUCACAAGUGACCUGGUCACACAGUGUGCCUUUUCCCCUAUAGUCCCCAGCCUCCUGGAGUCCUCUAGGAGUGUGCACUUGAAAUGAACUUAAGAGAUUGGCUUGGUUUCAUUGAAUAAUGAAGCAUUGUGAUAGGAUUUUCUACGGAAUAACAAAUUGUUACUGAUUUGUGGGAUUUUUAAUAUUUUAAAAAUACUCUUACUUAGAAAACAGGCUUGAGAGGAUUUAGACACGCUAUCUUUUUAUCUUCUGUUCUGCACUCUAGCACUUCUAGUUGAUGAUGCAGUAAAUGAAAAGUGGGAGAAAGCAACUGAGAACCUCAUUAAUUCAGCUGUACUGUCCGAGCUAAGUGAAGUCAGUGUGGUAAUGCUAUGACUUCUAAACAAAGACUUAGCUUUUAAAAACCUUACUUAAAAUUUUAAUGCCCAUGAUUUCUAUUUUUGCCUGUCCCUUCUUUCUAAAAAUGCUGAAUGCCUGUAUCCCCAGCUAAGGCAACUAAACCUUAAUUGCUCAAUAUUUUUGGAAGUUAGGCCAUUGGUUUUGAGUAAUGUAUGUAUUUGAAGAGUAAAAAGAUGUUGAUGUGACAUAGCUUAGGAACUGCUAUGACAUUGGAAGAGAACUAGAGGUAGAUGUUUACAGUUGUUUUUCAAACUUUGGUCAUUCUUGGGUGGAGAGGCAGCAAGAGAUCUUGGAAACAGCACAGCAAUGAAGAGUGACAGUUGCAAACCCACACGCCAGCCCAGGAUCUGAUGGGUCAGGGGUCCAUCCCCUACACAGGCUAUAUCCAGACAACAGUGUGACGUGCUGUCAUGGGUUCAGCAGUAGCACUAGCAUGAGGCUGAUAGUGCCUCAUGUGUGCCAGAUGUCACCAUGCUGUCCCCAGACUGCCACUCCUGUUUGUUAGUAGCUUUGAUUUUUGGCUUAGGGGAUUGUGGCCAUGCUGGCGUGGUCUGUUCACCUGCCUGGCACCAGGUGCCAUGUAAAGCGACCCUUCGUAAAAGAACUGUCAUCUAAGAACAAGUGUUUGCAUACAGCAAAAGGAUUUGCCUGUGUUCUGUCUCGUGAGAGUGGUCAGGAGGUGAGGAAGCUCAGCAGCUCUGCAGAGCUGUGAUCUGAAACCUGUUAUCGUGUAGCACUUAGUCAUUUGCUUUUAGCAUUUAUUCCUUUCCUGUGCUCUGUCCUAUCUUUCUGCACCAAAGAAGUUGUGUGUGUGUAAAUACAGAAAUAGUAAUUUAUUUAAAGUCCUUUUAUAAUUGGGGUAUUAAGAUAUUUUUAAUGAAACUUUAAUGUCUAAUGUGGAGAAAAAGGGUUUCUGUUAUGUCACAUAGUUGUAGAGUGAUAAUCAUGGCUGUAGUACCUGGUUUGCCCACAGACACACAUUCUGUACCAUCCUGGGAGCCCAGCUGCAAUUGCGUCCUUGCACCAUCUGUUACUUCCUCAUGGGUCUUGAGUCCAUAGGAUGUCCUUAAGAGGCGUGCAGGCCCAUGAGGCCUAGCCAUGGGUUCCACACAGGCAUCCUGCCGGCCUUUCUCCCAUGCGCCAGUGCCCCUGAAGGUCACUGGUUUAUUUUAGGUUGUUCCUCCAGGGGAGGCUGCAGCAAAGUGAGCUCCCUGCAGCCGCACACCUCUGAGAGCUGCCUCAGGCUGCAGAGCUUUGUUCUCUGUGCUCUGUUCCUGACCACUGUGACACACCUGUGGAACGGAGGGUCUCCUGUCCAGGUCUGUCACUGUCAUUGUGCUAAGGGGGCUUAGGAGGCCCUUUUUUGCCAUAGUGAGCAGCUAACAGAAUGUGUUACAGUUGUACGUCCAGGUUUCACUGCUAGGUUUUUAUUGCAUACAUGAGGAUUUUGAUGAGGAGACAUGAAAACAGGUCUUUGAAACUUCGAUUGUUCUGAAGGAAUCUUUGCUUUCAGUUCCUGUGCUCAGGCAGUUUCCUAAAGAUGCUUCUCAGCAGUUUCUCUGUGCAUAGACCUGGCUGCAUGCCUCAAGGGGAGUAGUGAAGUCCCUUCCAUACACUGAGUCAAAGUCAUACACUCAGUCAAAGGACAGGGUAGCAGUAGGCUACAGUGAGCAGUAGCGGCUUGUUGACCCUAGCUUUUGAGGAGCAUAACAUGAGAGGUGAAGCUCAGACUUUUGGAACUGUUCUAUCUCAGAUAGCAGGGGAAGUGGUUAUGCUUCUGACAGAGCUAAAAUGUUAGUAACUCCCCUGCCCAUAUGGUGUGGAUGCUGUGACCAGGUUCUCCUUAGAAAGCCUGGCCUGAGGUCUAAGACUGACAGAAGAGGAGCUGUAGUUCUGAUUGGGUCCUGAAGGUCUUUGCUAGUUGAACCCAGCUGCACUGUGUGUUGGGGGCUGUAGGGAAGGGUGAUCUUCUAAGGGAUUUUACAAAGGCUCCAGAUACAAAACCUGCAUCCAUUGCCUUCUCACUUCUACUGCAAACCCAGUGGGUGAUGCUGCCAGAAGAGAGCUCAGAGUUAGAUGCUUGCAACUCGUGCUUUGUGUGCUUAUUCCCCAAAGUGGUAACACCAAGCCCAGCUUGCCUUCUCUCAUCCUCAACCCCAAACCUGCAUUUAUGUUCCAUUGCUCCCAUCUCUGGGACCAUGGAGUCCAUCUUGAGUGUGGGGUUAGAUCUCAGCACAUUUCAUGCUUGUGCAAUUUGAAGUGUCUCAUAUUUCUACACUUAAAAUAUUUCCUGAAGCAUCUAUUCAAGUCCAUACAUUAAAAAUGUAAAUAAAGCUGCAACAACAAAAUCACUUGACCCACUGGGUUUGUUUUACUCUGAACACAAGCUGCUUUCUGCUCUAGCACUCAUUUUGUCUUGGGUGUCUCCUGUGUGUGCAGCUGCUUCCUCUCAGGAAUUUGUUUUGGUUUUGUUGUGGUUUCUUCUGUAAUUUUCCUUCAUAGUUUUGGCCUUUCCACCUUGUCUUUUUCUCAGAGCACAAACCAGUGUUAGCUGGUUCUGUACAAAACAUCCCUUCCCACAGUGCUGGCUCACCCAGCUCCACAGUCUGCAGUGGGCAAACCCAGCAGCUGCUUUUGGUUCAGGUUCUGUUGAAUAAGGAGCCUUUGGUGCCUUGUGGGCUGGGUAGCUUUGAGGGAAGACCCAGAGCUGCUGCAGAGCUUUUCUGAAGAGGUGUGCAUCAGUUCCUUCUGUGUCAUGACAGGGACAGACCCUAAGCCAAUAGUGCUAGGGGUAUUUUCUGUACUGAAAUUUAGAGCAGGAUUUGGUAGUUUUGCCUGACUUAGGUUGUGAUCUAAUUCCAAGUAAAAUAAUGAUGGUGAGGUCCUUGCCACACUCAGAUCAGUAGCAGGAUUCCUAUGGGGGCCAGAACUUCAGUCCAUAUGUUUUCAGGGGCUUGGAGCAUCCAGACUGGAGUUGAACUCUGUUUCAGUUUGUAGCAACGAUUCUGUCUCUCAAGUUUCCCUGAUCUCGCCAGACCCAUCAGGUUCAAGAGCAGCCCUGAGCAGGUGUCCUAGGGAAGGCGGGUGUCACAAGGCUUGUGAUGAAUUCCUGAGCACUGGCCUGGCAUCUAGGAGCCAUGUUUAGCUAUUUUCUUAAUGCUUCGCUUCUGUCCUGCUCUCCCCUCCCCGCCCGCCCUCCCUUCCCCCCCCU